AUGGACGGCUUCGAUCCUGCCUCCGACAGCUCCAUCCUGUCUCCUUCCCACAACAGCUCCAACGCCAUCAACGGGAGCUCAGCUGACCCCUUCGAGCCAGGCUCACCUGUCUUCGUGCUGGACUCUUUCGGUCACAUGCUGGGGGAUCAGGCGGUCCAUCAGCAGAGCAUGGUGGUAUCGGAUGGCGCUACUUACUCCUACUCCAUCAGCAGCAGGCCGUCCGUCCUCGACUCGGUCUGGAGCAGUCCGCUCUUGCUGAUAGUUUCAACCUCCUCGCCUACAUCCGUAGACCUGUUCCUCAAUGACACGGUCGCUGGCGGGUACUCCAACGGACAGCACACUGCUCUGCUGUCCUCCAGCACGAGGCUGUUUGUCUGGAAGACGGAUCCGCGCAAGCUCUCGGUGCUUGCAGGACCAGCAAGCUCAGCAGCCUCUUCGGCAAGCUUCACAUCCUCAACACCAGCACCUGGGGUCAACGUCGGCGCCAUCGUCGGCGGCGUGAUCGGCGGCAUCGUCGGAGCUGCUGGGCUCGGCCUGCUGGCUUACAAACUUUUCGCUCAGAAGAAAGUCGCCAAGUCAGCGGAUGUGGAGAUGGCGCCGGUGUACGAAUCUCAGGCGAUCGCCUAUCUCGUACAGUACACUACACCACCUGUUCAGAGCAGAACUUGA